CUCGUGUGUCGGUUCCAGCGAAGUGCAGCUGGCCAAGUUCCUUGUUCACUGGUUCAUGUUUCCGGGGGGCGAGGUUUCAAUGUAACACCACAACAUUGAGCUAUCAAACAGCACAGUCCCUCUCCUGUCUGUUUCUAUCCCUCCAUCCUUCUCUCCUACCUUUCCCUGGUAGCAGCAUGGUUCUGUCUGCAGCCAGGCAGCACCUCCUCGGGGGCAUUCGGCUUGGUGCCUGUGGGCAGCACCUCCUCGGGGGCAGUCGGCCUGGUGCCUGGGGGCAGAACCUCCUCAGGGGGAUUGGAUCAGUUUACACCGCUGCCAAGGGGUUCCAGGAGAAGGAGAUCAGAGAGAAACUCCAAGCUUUCCCUGGGGGAUCUAUAGACCUUGUCAAACAGGAGUCGGGCAUCGCGGUACUGACCGUCAACAACCCUGCUCGCAUGAACGCUUUCUCUGGUUCCAUGAUGGUGGAGCUGGAGGAGAGGGUGUCCCAGCUAGAGGAGUGGACGGAGGGCAAAGGUCUCAUCAUCCAGGGGGCUGCUGGGACAUUCUGCUCUGGGUCAGACCUCAACGCAGUCAGGGCUAUAUCCAAUCCUCAGGAUGGGAUGAAGAUGUGUACGUUCAUGCAGAAUGCCCUGACCAGACUACUGAGGCUACCUCUGUUGUCUGUAGCUCUGGUGGAAGGGAACGCACUGGGGGGAGGAGCUGAACUCACUACUGCCUGUGACUUUAGGUUGAUGGCGCCGGGCGGUGUGAUCCAGUUUGUCCAUAAACACAUGGGUCUGGUCCCUGGUUGGGGCGGUGCAGCUAGAUUGGUACGCAUCGUAGGCGGCCAGAACGCCCUGAAGAUGCUGGGUGGCGCUUUGAAAAUAGACCCAGAGAUGGGGCUUCAGAUUGGGCUUGCGGACAGGGUCCUGGAAGGUUCCCUGGCUGGGUCUGGAGCCAAUGCCCUCCUGGAGGCAGAGCAGUGGUUGGGAUGCUACACCGCGGGUCCAGCCCCGGUCAUCAGAGCCAUAAAGAGCGUGGUGGUGUCUGGGAGAGAGCUCCCCCUGGAGGUGGCCCUGGGGACUGAGAGGGACGUGUUCGGGACAGUGUGGGGAGGACCGGCUAACCUACAGGCUCUGGCCACUAAGGCCAAACACAAGUGAAUUGACUAGUCUUGCGAUUACAUUGUA